GGGCAUGUUCAAACAUAUCCAGACCAGCCGACCAACCUCUAGUGUUGUCAUUGCGCAUGGCAUUUAUAUAUACACACAGAAUAUAUACGAUUUGUUGGAUUGGCUGCUAUUAUUCAUGACAUAUCCCGUACCGGUAUGUUUUCCUGAGUGACGCGUCGCGCCGCACAGUAACGCACGAGACGUGUGUUUAAUGGACACAUCUUGGGACGAAUCACUGCUGAAGACUUCCUAUAUUCCGGCUCUUUCUGAAGACUCCGGCUCAGUGCGGCCAUGUCUUUCCCGGCCAAAGUGAUGAGAGACGGGCUGCUGGAGAAGCGCAGCAGCGGGCUCCUCCAGCUGUGGAAGAAGAAGCGCUGCGUGCUUACGGAGGAAGGGUUGCGUCUCCAUAACUGCAAAAGCGGCGGCGGCGGCGGCGGUGAUGCUCCGAGCUCGGCGUGGGGCUCCAAAGCCAAGGAGCUCCGUUUUGAGCGCAUGGCCACUGUGGAUUGCGUGGAGUACAAACGAGGGCUGGUGUAUUUCACCGUGGUCAUGGCUACGGGUAAGGAGAUUGACUUUCGGUGUCCGCAGGACGGCACAGCGUGGAACGCGGAGAUUGCUUUGGCACUGGUGCGCUAUAAGAACCUGCAGGCCGUGCAGACGGGACGGAACCGGCACCUGUCCGCACACCUGGGCAGCACUGGGGAGGAUGAGGAGCUCUGAUCUGGUGAAGGCUUAUUACUUUUUGGGAGUAAACCAAUCAAGAGUGGUGAAGGGUAGAGGACACCAGACCCAUCAGUGUGACUAUCGUGCACAUCAUGAUGGGAUGUACAGAACGGCCAUCAGUUUGGAUUAAAGGGCCGUGAACAAGCGUCACAGACACUCUUCUUCUCUUCCUUCAUGAGCUUCCUCCCACUGUUAUACAAAGCCUAGGAAUCAGAUAUACUAAGCAGCAUGGAUAGACGUAUUUGUCGGAGGUCAUUGUGCUGCUUAAGUAAAAACAUAGCAUGGUUUGGACAGACAAUGGAGCCGGGAAAUUGUUUAACCCUUGUGCCUUGAGUUUUUAAAAAUAUAUUCCAUUUUUCUUUAACGUUUUCUGAUGUCUUCUGAAACAGGAGUCAUUUUAUUUCUUAGGUUUUGAUGGAAACAAAUCACUCGCUUUAAAAGAAAGAAGAAAAAAAAUACUUGAAGUUGAACAUGAAGAAGAAAUGUUUGGGUUAUUUUCAUUGCACAUUUUAUUAUUGUUUUGUUAUAUAUAUCUUGAAACCAUGUACAGUAUUACUACACUCUUAAAAAUAUAAAAUACUUUUUUUGUCAGUAA